AUGCCUCAGACACCACAAGUCUUUUGCAGCGAACCCAUCGAUAACCCUGGGCCAGAAAUAUUCUUCUACGCCGAUGGGGAGGGACCUGUGACCUUCCCAAGAGCCAGCCUGAGUCUCAGCAGCUUCAUGGAGGCCAAGCUUAGCGAUUGUGAAAGAGCCGACUUUCACGACGCUGAUAUUGAGACAGUUGAAUGUAUCGCCGAAUACAUGAAACAUCAAAAAUACGUGUGCCCUGCUGGGCUUACAUCCACGUCCCCAGUCUCAGUAUGUGUCGAAUCUUUCAAGGCAGCUUUGAAUGUCUCCGCCUACGCGGAAUUCUUGGAACUGCCUGAUCUCGUGAGGCAGGCUGGAGCAUACAUCGCCGAAGCUGGAGAUGCUCUUUCUUGCACGCUUGCCCUCAAGUCAAUGAUCGACAGUGGUUGUGCAAUGAAGUUUUCCGAUCUCAUGCCACGAAUCAACAAGGCGACGCAAGAAAUCACCAAUAACCCGCCUCCAAAUCGCUAUGGCCCACUCCUUGAUUCAAUCGGCGUCCCACAGACCUUGGGAGAGCUUUACCUAAAGGCGGUCUUGUUUACAAUGGCGAAUGGCGAGCGCAAACUUCGUGCCUUCGAGGACAUAAUUGAAUGCAUAGCCAACAUCAUGCCUCCCUCAGCCCACAGGGACGUGAUAGCAUAUCAUUUGGGUAUCGACGAGCUCAGAGGAGGGUACGAAGUUUACGAACUUGUCGACUUGGAUGAAGUCCGCAACGACGAUGAUGAUGAUCAAGCGGGCGUUUCUGAGAAUCGUCGUGCUCGGCGGGCCGAGCACCAACGAACUCGACGCCAAAAGGUGAAGCGCGGCAAACAGGCCCGAGCAAGCAAACGUUGA